AGCAGUAAAAAGCAGCUGGAGACUCUGAGAAAGGAGCUGCAGGACAAGAGCAGCAAACUACAGGAGAUGAUGAUCCUACUGGAACAACAGAAAACUGAAGUGAGUGAAAAAGACAAACAGCUUGAAGAGAAGGAGAGACUUCUAAGUGAGAGAAACACACAGCUAAUGGAAAGAGACAAGCAGGUUGAGGAGAAAGACAGACUUCUAGAGGAGAGAAACAAGCAGCUGCAGGAGAGAACAGAUCCAGACUCAGCAGCUCCAGCCAGGAGGAGAAACAGCAAAGAGUUAGACCUUCCAAACAUGAGUGGAGAAUCCUCUAGUUCAGCCUCUCCAGAGUCAGUUCCUGUAGCAGAGCUCAGGCUGGUGCUGCUGGGGAGGACUGGAUGUGGGAAGAGAACAGCAGGAAACACCAUCCUGGGCAGAGAGGAGAGGAGCCAGGCUGGAGCGUCUACAGUGAGGCAGCAGAGUGAGAGCAGACAGGGGGAGGUGGCUGGGAGGCAGGUGACUGUGGUGGACACUCCUGACUGGUUCUGUCCUGGACUCUCUCUGGAGGAGCUGAGACAGGACAUGGGACUCUGUGUCCGCCUGUCUGCCCCAGGACCCCAUGCCUUCCUCCUAGUCAUACCAGUGAAGCAGUCUACAGGAGAGGAGAGAGGCAUGCCGGAGAAAAUGGAGGAGAUUUUUGGAGAGAGAUGUUGGAGGAACACCAUGAUCCUUUUCACUGUUACUGAUGAAGUCCAAGAGAAGAACAUUGAAGAGUUUAUCCAGUCAGGAAACCAGGAGGUCCAGAGACUUGUAGAGAAAUGUGGGAACAGGUUUCACUGUCUCAGCAUUAAGGAGAGUGGAGAUGGUUCUCAAAUCUCAGAGCUGCUGGAGAAGAUAGAGAAGAUGGUGGAAGGAAACAGAGAGAAAUUCUACAGCAGUGAGAUCUACCUGGAGACACAGUCUCAGAUCAGAGAGAUGGAGAGAAGAAUUGUGAGAGAAAGAGAGGAGAUGAGAGAGAGACAAGAAAGAAAAACUAGAGAGAAGCUGGAGAGAUGUAGACAGGAAACUUUAAUGAAGUUUACAGAAUCAACUGCUGACUUUCAUACAAAAAUAACUCAGCAUGAAGAGCGAAUAACUAAACUAGAGGGAAUGUUAAAAGAGGAAAGAGAUGAGAAGAGAAAGGUAGAGCUGGAGAGAGAGGUGGAGAGAGAGAUUCAGCAGAGGAAUGAGGUUCAGUUGGAGCUGGAGAGAUUGAAAAAAGAGACUGAAAAGGAGAGGAGAGAGAUGGAGGAGAGACACAGACAGGAGAUGGAGGAGAUCAGGGAGACGUAUGAAGGAGAAGCCAGAAUGGAGGCAGAGAGAAUCAUGAAGAUCAUCCUGUCUGAACUCCAGCAGAGAAUCUGGGAACUCAUGACAAAGAAACAGAAAGAGUUUGAUUGUAGGAUGGAUGAAAAGGAGAGAGAGAUAGAAACACUGAGACAGAGAGUCAGAGAGGCAGUCAGAGAGGGAGUCAGAGAGGGAAUCACAGCAGGAGGAGAUGAUCAUCAAGAGGACACUAGAGGACUGUUUAGCAGGUUAACACAGCGGCUCCUUUGGGGAACUCUCAGUGAUCCAGUUAUAAUCACUCGGUCAGAUCAGUGA